UAGGGUUUUUAGAUAUGGAGAAGGAGAGCCGGGUCCAUCCCGCCUGCAUCAACGCGUCCAAUCCGUAUCACGAGUGCUCGCAAUACUGCUUCCGGAAGAUCGCCGAAGCGCGCGCCACAGUGACCGAGGAAUUGCCGAAUGCGGGGCCUGUAGAAGACGAGAAAGAACAAGCGCCAGAGGUUGAAGAAGAAAAAGAAGCUCCAGUUCCAGUUCCUCCUCUAAUCGAGGACGAAUCUGGCUUGGAUGAGCGGCAAAAGAAGCUGAGGCUGCUACAGCGGAAAAUGGACGAAGCUCGAAAGAAGAAUGAGCAAGCCAUGAUGGCCGAGAGGAAGAAGCAGGACGCUCCCAAAGAAGAGAGAGGCGUCUCCAAGCAAAAGUGGUUCGAGGAGAAGCAAAAGCAAGCUGGGAAGCGCCUGGAGUUUAGUGGGAUUGACAAAUCGAAGAUGUACAUGCUGGACACACAAGAAGCCGCCGAAGAGAAGUAUAAAAAGCGUGACAAGAAUCCUGCUCCUUUUGGAUGGGAUGUCUUCAAUCAGAAGUCCUUGUAUAACGCCUACAAGAAGCGGGCGAAGACAAUCCCGAAUACAGUGGAGGAGUACACGAAAGUCCGAGAUAAUGACCCCGACUUCUACUGUAACGAGACCAGCCUACAAUACGGGAAGACUCCCGCUGUCCCGGAGGAAUUCGUCGAUAGGAUGGUCCAAGAGCUCGAAGGGAGGAUUUCCAAGCGGAAGGACUUCAGCCGGAGACGCAAGUACCACGAGGAAAAAGACAUCGACUCCAUCAACGAGAGAAACGAACAUUUCAACCGCAAGAUCGAGAGAGCGUUUGGCAAGUACACUGUCGAGAUCAAGAACAACUUGGAACGAGGCACUGCUCUGCCAGAUUAAGCACCACAAAUGAGAGAGAGAAAAAGAGAGAAUCUCGCUCUCUCGAGCGCGAGCAUUCGACCAAAGAACAUACGGUAUGGCGAGUUUGGAAUC